CAGAUACCAAAUGCACGUACGACACUAUAAAAACUGAUUUCAUUAUGCGCACUUUUUCUCUCCUUUAACUUUCUUCCUUCUCAUUCAAAUAAUUUUCGUUCACUCACUAUUUAUCCAUAUCAAUUAUUACGUACCUUGUCACAGUAAUACCAACAAUGAACCACCGCUCAGCUCCAUCACUAUCUUCUUCAAUUUCCAGUAACGAAACUUCUUGUACAGAUAGCCCAUCAAGGACAACUUCAAUUUGUUCAUCAUUGCACAACAAUAAAAGUAACAACCAUUAUCUAACAGCGACUCCAUAUCAAAGCAUCCUGGAUGACAGUUAUCCAUACACUGUAAUUCCCAUAGCUAAAACUACCAUUGGUAUUACUAUGAAUGCUCAUCAGAAUUAUCCGAACAGUGGAGACGAAAAUGACAGUGUCAUCAAAAGUUACUCUGAUUUGCCGCGAAAGAAACGAUGGGAUGACUCUCAAUUAGAAAUGGAACUGGCCGAAGAUGACCUUAUUGACCAACACCAAAAGCGACAAAAAAUGGUACGACGUAAUCCAUCCUCCUCGUCUUACUCUUCCUCAUACUCUGCUUCCUCGUUAUCGUCGUCUCUCCGCUUUACACAUAAACUUCGGUUUCCCCAAGCUUUAUCAAUUAAGCAAAAGUUUCGUCAUCAUUAUCGAUCUGGUCAUCAGCAUAGUACUACCACAGCAGUAACAAGCAAUGUUGAUACCCGCAUAGUUUCUACUGCUACCGCGCUCAUUUCGGAACCUUUUAGAAAGAUUCGCCAAUGGCUUGCUUGAAAUUCAUUAUUGCAUUAUUACCUCCUCCAAAACAUCAUUUGCUCCUCAACAUACUAGAUUCUCCCCGACCCCCUUCUCAAUUGUGUACAACUUGAACUAUAAUCAUCCCAAAUCUGUAAAUACGAUCAUUUGAUACCUCUUAUAAAUAAUACACUAGCGGCAUAUCCCAAGAAAAAUAUAUAUGUUAUAUUCUUUUGCUAAUAUGUGCGUUUGUAUAUGUAUAUACUUGUUCACGCAUCAAAUAAAUAAACAUUUGCUUAUAUUUAAUCCAAA